AUGACCGCCACACCAACGCUAGUCCGCACUCGUCCCGACUUGAAUUACGAUCCACAGCCCUGCCCCCUUCGAGUCUGCCUUCUGUCGGAUGUUAGUGAACAGUCCCGUCUCCAAAUCUAUGUCGGUGCAAAGCAGAUCCCGUCACUUACUCAACCUUUUUCCCAGCGUAUAUUCUUCAUGCUAUGGCUGCACCUGGCACCUUGUGUCCUCGUCGUCUUCCCAAAGACAAGUGUCCCAUUCCACGGUCCAGCCUUGUCUUGGAGUCUCGACCGCACAUACUCUAGACAGCAGGGCGGGGAAGAAGCCACGGGCAGGGACGGGAUGUCCCGUUCGAUCCAUCCAGCUGGCAGAGGGCCAACCAGCCUUGGCAUCGCCUCUCACCCGCGCUACUGGUCUACCCUAUCCGUUGCACUCUGGCCUGGCUUGCCCACACUCACCACGCAUCGCCCGAACAAAGUCAAACACAGCCUCCCACUAGCCAAUCAAGUGAUCCGACAAAGACGCGAGCCUGACCCUCACCCCGUCAUCGCACCCUCCCCUCCUCACGUCUUUCCCGCCCGCCUCUCACCCCGCGUCCCCCCUCACUUUGGCAGCAUGGAGGAAGGCCCAGGAGACAGCACCGAGCCCAACCAGGUGCAGGCCCAGCAGCCCGUCUUCAAGGCCCCACGACUAGUCUCGCGACCAAAGCCACCCGUUCAGCAAGAAGAAGAAAUGGGCACCGAGAUCAGACUGGGCGAUUUCGAAGACGUCCAUGCCCUCUCCGUCUCCGAGGCGCGUGCAGUCGUCACAGCAGUCCACGAGGCACGCAAGAAGAAGGACCCGGAGAACAACCCUCUACGCGACAGAAUCUACAACGACCAACAGACCAUCACACAGUUCCUCGAUUACCUAGAAAACUUUUCACGAUUCAAGGAGGAGGAAAGCUUGCACUCCAUCGCCGCCCUCUUCGAUACCCACCCCGAAUUGUCCACCGUGGAAAAGGCUAUGCUAGCGCAAGAGGCUGACAAACCAGGCACACUGACCCCCGAGACCGCCGAAGAAGCAACCUACCUCAUCCCGUCCCUGGCCACCAAGAUGCACGCCGAUGAUCUCCAGCCCAUCCUCGACGAGCUGAACAAAUUGCGUAUGCUUGAGCACGUGGAGAGGUCUGAAAAGGCCACUGGAAGCUGA